AUGUCUACAGAGGGGCAAGAUCAUCCUCUGACUAGUAAAGUUCUGAACCCUCACUUCUUCUCAAUGUCGCAGCUACCUGCGUUUGGGAAGAAUUGGUUGGAUCAUUUCAUUCCAGAUGAUGAUAUGCAACAACUCUUUGUCACAAGUGAAGUUGCUAGGAAUAUUAUCAUGCUUCAGUGAUUAUACUUUGUAAAGGUUUACAGAGACCUGCUUAAAUACAAGCUUUCAUAUGCACGGAAUAGAGCAAAAGAAGCAGAUCCUAAAAAUUCUGAACUUCAAUAUGAUGAAGACGUUGAUUACGAUCUUGUAGAUCUCAAAAUUGGCAUCAUUGGGUGAGGCCAAGUCGGAACCAUGAUAUUGACCAAACUUCUAGAAGCAAUUCCUCAUUUUAGAGGAAUCAAAAUAUUCGUGAGCACUAGACAACCUGACCUUUUAAAUGAGUUCAAGGAAGAGUUUAAAAUCGAAGCUGAAUUUAACAACGAAAAGAUAGCUGAAAUGUGAGAUAUAAUCUUCCUUUGAUGCCUUCCAUUCCAAGGAGACAUCGUUCUAAGAGAGAUCAGAGGAAUUCUUCAUGACAGGAAUGUUGAGGCUACAAAAGAUAAAGCCUUGAACAGGCCUGUAUUGAUCUCAACAUUAGCGGCAGUAGGAAUCCCAAAGCUAAAAUUAAUGGCAACUGAAGAAACGAUAAUACUAAGAACUUUUGUCAAUAUCGCUAACUUAAAAUCCAAAAUUAACCUCACUGCAAGCAAGCCAAGUUUGGCAUUGCCCAAUGUACAAAAUAUUGAAGGAAAUGAAAGUGACAAUGAGUCCAAUAAGGAGGAAUCAAAAAUCGAAGAGCCUAAGCUUGGAAAGGAUACUGCAGACAAAGAGAAGCUUCAUGAGUCUUCUAAUGCUCAAUUUACUGGGAAUGAACCAUAUUUCAUGAUCUCUCAAGCAUCUGCAAAUCUAAUUAGAAACCUAGAUGAAUUAUUUAAUAUUUUUGAUGCUUUUCAGAACACCUUUUACACAGGAGAAGCACAAGAGUCUCUUGAGGACAAAAAGGAAGAGGUAGAUGAAGAUAGAGCUAUCUAUGAAGAAUCAAUCCUAAUCACAGUCCUUGGUGAGAACUAUUCUGACUUUAUCGAUCCUAACACAGGUGAAUGGACGAAUGAGACUGAAAUAUUGAUCCACUUCAACAAACUCUUCUUUGAAGAAAUGGAAGGUAUGCUGAAGAAUAUCAAAUAG